AUUUUGUCAUAGAUCAAGAAGCAGUUUCAUCAGUCUCUCAUUGUGGGAAGACGAUUUCCUAUAUGCAGAGUAAGAAUAAAGGGUUCUGUAGUUGAGGUAUCCAGUUUUGAUACAGUGGCGCAGAAUACCAAAAGAAAAGACAAUGUUCUUUUAUCUCAACUGCCUAGAGGCUGUGAUAAAAAAGACUUCAUCCGCUGGAAGAACAGCAUGCACAGGGACUUCACAAUUAAUAGUUUAUUCUUUGAUCCCUUUUCGAAUAAAAUCUAUGACUACACCAAUGGGAUGGCAGACAUAAAGUCUUUAAAGCUCCAGACACUAGUACCUGCUCAUUUUUCAUUCAAAGAGGACUGUGCAAGGAUUCUGCGAGGCUUAAGGAUUGCAGCUCGUCUGGGUUUGUCACUCUCGAAGGAUAUUGAGUCUGCAAUACAUGAUCUUUCAUCUUCGAUUGAGAGUUUGGGCCAGUUCAGGAUAAUGAUGGAGUUGAACUAUAUGCUUUCUUAUGGAGCUGCUGCACCUUCUAUCAAUUUGCUUCGAAGAUUCAACUUACUUGGGACUUUUCUUCCAAUUCAUGCAGCUUACCUCGAACAACAAGCUGGUAAUACAUCUGUUGUCAGUUCCACCAUGCUGAUGAAAUUAUUCUUCAAUAUGGAUCAGUUGGUUUCUUGUGACCAACCUGCUGAUUGCAGACUAUGGUGAGGCAAUGAUUUUUUUCCCAAAUUUUAAUUCAGUUGCAUAAUUGAAAGUGGAUCUGACUUUUGUGAAUCCACCCCUCCCCCGUCUGCAUUUUGUGUUUUAAGAGCCCUAGUAUACGGGGGGGUUUAAGAGAAGUCCCAGUGAGAUUGGAAGCUGCAGGCACUGGGAAAACCACCAACUUCAGCUUCUGCUUCUGGAUAUCUUGGCUUCUUCUAAUAAGCAUUUAGGCUAGUCAAUGUGCUAAUGGAAUUCAUUUUAGAAUUCCUCCUAGCAUAAAGUUUUCCUUAUCUUAAAUUAGGAUGUUGGUUUUGGAUUAUUUCCUAAAUUAUAUUUACUUGAUUAUUUCCUAAAUCACAGGAACAAUGUGUCUUAUAAAUACCUAUUCUACUAACGUAUAAAGCAUCUAACAAUUGUUGCUAGUUCUAGAGAAUUUUGUAAGAGAUUAUAGACUUCUCUAUCACGAACCUAGUUAUAUGCCACCAAGGCCACUCAUCCAACAAGUAAACCUUCAUGUUUUGCUGGAGGAUUUUUCCUUGAAUAGACCUGUGACCUGAUCCCCAGUUAGAGAACCUAAGAUACUUCUCCACAAAGAUAUUUUAAAUGACCAAUCAAUUGUAGUUUCCCCCUUAAACAGGACUGGAAUUUUUUUUUUUUAUCUGAAAUAAAAAAGAGAAAUGCAUUAAAAAGAGAUGCACCAAGGGGGUACGAUGCAUGUACAAAAAAUGACUUUACAUUUCAAUGAGCAUAUCUACAAUUACUCCAAUGUUUUUAAGAGUGUGUAAGUUAUGUUCCAAAAAAGAUGAGUCAAAAGAAUGCAGCUAUCUAUCUUUAAUAUUUAAAAAAUGUGUCUUCCCUUUCCUCAAACGCCCUGUUAUUUCUUUCCAAAGAGCCCAAAAGAUUGUUAAUGAGAUAAGACGUGCAGCUUGGUUGUUCUGCGCCAAGGCCCUCCCAAUAGAACCAGCAAUUACCCAAUUAAUACCCAUCAAGCUGUAGACAAAUGAUCAUAAUUUGACUGAGAAGAGGCACCAAAGUAAAAUGUGAUUGCAGCUCUUGGCAUCACUUUUACAGAGAAAACAUCUAUUGACCAUGAUUCUUCCUCUCAUCACAUUAUCAAUAGUUAAUAUGCACUUCAAGCAAAAUAAGCGAUCCAAGGUGGGGCAUUAGCCUUCCAUAUGAUUAUGAAGGGGAAAGUGGUGCUGUUCAGGCCAUUUCCAAAGGUGAGAUACACGUAAAGAGAACUGACAGUAAAUCUGCCAUUUCCAUCUGAUUGUAUCUUCCUUAUCCAUCAAGUGGACAUUCACAUCCUUUGCGAGAAAUUCUCGUAUUCAGCCAACCACUCAUUAAGAUGUUUGCUAACAACCACUGAACAAUGGCCAGAUUACAAAAGGCUUCACAUACAGGAAUUUUUUUUUUCCGAGCAAUAGCAAAUAAAUUUAUUGAAUCUGGUUUUCAGGGUUGUUUCACUGCGCCAAGUAUCUUGCCAGAAAUUAAUUCUAUCCCUGCCUCUGACUUCCCAAUAAGUAUUAACACUCAAGGCAUUGAAAAUAUUCAUGAUGCUCUUCCAAACACUGAUACCAUGAGGUCUGCUGGGCAGUUUGAGGCAACCCUCAUUGUCUCUUCUCAUCCAUUUAAGAUUAAUGAUUCUCUUCCACAAACUGUCAUCCUCACUGAAGAAUCUCCAGAUCCAUUUCUCUUGAAGAGGUUUGUUCAUUUUGAUGAUUGAUCUAAUCCCAAGUCCACCCAUUUGCAUCGAAAGCUUUACCUCAUCCCAGUUCACAAGAUGAAACUUUCUUUUAUUCUCGAUAUCACCCACAAAAAUCUGUUCUAAACAGAUUCUAUUUACCUUGCCACCUGAGCAGGAAUGGUGAGUACGGAUAAGUAGUAAAUUGGGAGGUUGGAGAGUGUACUCUUAACCAGUGUCAAUCUGCCCCCUUAGAAAGGAAAUCCCUCUUCCAGCUGGCAAGCCUUCUGUCAAAAAGAUUAAUAAUUGGCUCCCACGCUUUGCUGUCUUUAAAUUUUUGGCCCAACGAAAACCAAGAUAUUUGAUAGGAAGACUUUUAGCAUGGCAGCCCAGAACCUUAACAAGACAAUUCACCGUUUCUCCCGUUUCAAAUGCCAACCAUUUCUGAUUUUAGGAGAUUAAUUUUGAGACCUGAUGCAGUCUGGAAACAGAGGAGAACGCAUCUCAGAUUGAGAAGGUACUUGGUUUUUGGCUUUUAGAAAAUUAGGGAAUCGUCGGCAAAAAAGAGAUGUAUGAUUUCAAUUUUCUCAUUCCCACAUCCAAGAGAUGUACCUUCAAUAAGUUUCAAAUCAGUAGCUCUUGACAAAAGCUUACUAAGGACUUGCAUAACAAUAAUAAAGAGAAGUUUGAUUAGUCGCCAAAGAGGAAAUCCAAGUUUUAUAAAAGAAUGAGACUUGAGAAAUAACAUAAUUACCACCUGAGAAAUACCCAGGCAAACUAUAAAUAGAUGUUCAUAACACUAAUAGUAGUAUCAACAGGUUCAAAGCUUGAUUAGUCGUUAAAAACUUCACUCAAUUUUGUGGGAUUGAUUAUUGGGAGAUAUUUAUGCCAGUAGCGAAGUUAAACAUAGUCCGGAUACUAAUAUGCCUAUAUACCAAUUUGGAUUGAUCACUAUUUCUUAAUGGAGGACUGGAGGAAGGCAUCUAACAAAAAGGUUUGUAGAUUCAAAAAGUUCCUAUAUGGUCUCAAACAAUCUCCAAGAGUAUGGUUUGUCAAAUUCACUAAGGUAAUCAAUAGGUUUAGAAAUAAUCAAUACCAAACAAAUCAUACUAUGUUUGUCACGUAUGAUCCUUCAGAAGAAAAAAAAAAGUAAUCCUCAUCGUACAUGUAGAUGAUAAAUAUUUUUUAUUUAUAAGAGAUACUCAGACUAGAAAAUGUUUUAACUAAAGAAUUUGAUAUUAAAGAAUUAGAAAAUAUCAAAUAUUUCUCGAAAAUAAAAAUUG